AUGCCGACCAGCACGUCAGACUUCCGAAAUCCAGUAUGUAUAGAGAUGAAGGCGAUCCAACGGGAACGGGAGCGGGAACGUGAAAAAGAGCGGGAACGCGAACGAGAAAAAGAAAUUAUUCCAACUGUAGCUCCUCCAAGGGCCAAUGGAGAUUUGGGCAGUGUUGAUAGUUCCGAUACAUAUGCCAGCUGCGAUACACAUCCAUUUUUAUCUCAGGGUGAUUUGCUGGAGGUAAGGUUGGAUAGUAAAUGUGAGGUUGAUUCAAAUUUAUACGUCAAUCCGCUCGAUAAGGGUGCAGCACUUGUGAAAAAGAGCGCCUCUGGUGACUGUGGUCAGUUGAGAAGUUUAGGUGCGAGCCCCAUGGACGAAGCUUUCAAGGACUUCGCCACUGUGGACAGCGCAAGUCGUAUUAGUUUAAAUGAAUCUAACCUGCCUAAACAUAGAAAGAAAAGAUUCCAACAAUUGAAUCGUCCCCAAACCACUCUCGCCGAAAGAGAUGCUUCCCAGGAUAGUCUCGACAGAAGGCUUGGAGGACGCAGGACGUCUUUCAUGCCAGGAAGAUCCAUAGCUUCCGUCACUAGGAUUAUUAACCAGCAUCUGUUUGGGCUUCAAAGUUCUCCUAAAGGAAAGAAUGGCAGUAAAUCCUCUCUCUCCAUCGAUUCUGCUGACGGUGGUUCUCCGCAGCUUGAAUCUCACAGGCGAUCCAAAUCAAUACUCAAGAACAAGGCGGAACAGGCCGCCCAUCGACAUUGCGGCGUCGGCGGACCUGGUGGGGUGGAUCCGGAAAGCGAGCGCCUGUUAGCCGCGGAUACGCAUUCUUCGGCUACCAUUGUUGGUUCUUCAGAAGCAGCGGAACGUUUUUUGUCGGCAUCUCCAAAACCUCUUCCACGUCAGAGAGUUUUUUUACAGCAACGAUCUAAUCCUGGUCUCCUGGACGACAGAAGACUUAAGGAAGUAACAGGUUCAACCCUUCCUGGACAUGAUCAAUCUGAAGAAUCAAAAUUGUUAAGACGCACAUACAGCAGCGGCGCACGGGAUCGACCCGCUCCCUCAUAG